CUUUUUCGAGGAAUGGCCAUUCCCCAUGGGAAGAAGAAGAAGAAGUUCGUGCGUCCUGUUCCAUACCUGUUCCAAUGGACUUCGAGGUGAUCACGUGUCUGUGCUUCUGAGCAGUUGACAACAAAUGGAGUCUCUAGCGCCCUCCACCAUAACUGCACGGGACGAAGAGAAUCAAGAAAGCAGCAGUGACAGUCUGAUAGCCCUGGGCCAUGUGACGUCAUCUCUGCCCCCAUCCGUAGCGUCCAUUGCAGCCAUAGCUUCCGGCGAACUAUUUGCUUACCGAGAGAACGUGCUCGCCAGCCUACGCAAAAGUUCCUCGAGCGUCGCAGUGCGCAACGACAUCUCUACGACUCACGCCAGCAGUGCCUCACUCACGGACGAUCUCAUCUGCAGAUACUGUGGCAAGAUAGACAAAGCGGAACUGCUAGUUGCCCCUUGCAAAUGCAGAAAGAGAAGUACCCUGCGGUGGGCCCAUGUCGCAUGCGUGGAGAAUUACAUGAACAAGGUUCACAGCAAUCGCUGCGACAAGUGCAAACACCGCAUACCGGCUAUCGCUUACAAAAAGUCGAAGCUCGCGUGGUUACGUCACAAGAGCACGCGACCGCACCAGUACCAUCUUCUGCUCACCAUCGUGCUGAGUGCCACCAUGAUACCCGUGCUCUGCUUCGCUUGGGUUUACGUCGUUACUGUCCUAGCAUUGCAAGAGUCCUGGAUUGUGACUCUCUGCGUUCUGCCCUGCAUAGUCUAUGAGACAUCCACCUGGCUCGGAUUUGCCGGAUACAGCUUCUGGAUUUACUAUGCUGGGAUGAAGAAAUGGAUUCGACACCGAACCAAGUUUGUCUUCAAAGUCACCGAAACUGUUGUGAGACCUGGCAUGGACUGUCCUACUCCUUGAACAUUGAAGAUUACGACAUUGUAAUGUCCCUUAAAUAUUCCGAAAUGUUUACAUUUCUUACCAUUUAUUAUG